AUGGACAAGGAGGCGCCUUCGACGAGCUCCCCGACGUUCUCAUCUGCAGACCGAAUCCGACAACUGAAUGAGAUUGACAAAGACAUUGCGAAACUUGUCACCUCUGCUGGUCUCGCAAUACAAGCAUUAACAAAUGCAAAAUCAACAGAAAUCACUGCGGGAAAUUCGGUCGACGAGCGCAAGGCAGCGUUCAAGGUCGCCACAUCGCAAUAUUUCUCCCUUCUCUCGUCAGUCGACGUCCGGUUGAGACGGCAGGUUUACGCACUCGAAGAAGCCGGAAUACUUGAGCCCGAGUCUAUGACAGCCAAUGGAUCGUUCAAGAGCGAAACGGGGAACGCUACGGCUCCUGGAUCCGCCAUAGCUGCGGGUGGGACAGGCACCGCAGCAGGGUCAUUCAACCCUCUCGAGAUUAGCUGGCUCAACAGCCGCAAAGAUACUGUGGGAAAAGACAAGGAAGCCGAAUCAUGGGCUGCUGCACGGGAAUUUGUGAACCGUACCCGCGACACUGCCGCCCAGAUGGACCAGCAACCUGGGCCGAUGGUUCCCGAUUCAACUUGA